UCCCACCCCAACACCCCACGUCGUGUCUCUCUCCGCUGAUCUCUGCAAAAUAACAAUCAAAGAGACAAUGGGGAAUCUGUUCUGCUGUGUACAAGUUGACCAAUCCACAGUAGCUAUUAAGGAGAGAUUUGGCAAGUUUGAUGAUGUGCUUGAGCCUGGAUGUCAUUUCUUGCCAUGGUGUAUAGGGAGCCAGGUAGCUGGUUACCUAACUUUAAGGCUGCAACAGCUUGAUGUACGCUGUGAAACCAAGUCAAAGGAUAAUGUAUUUGUAACUGUUGUUGCUUCUAUACAAUAUCGUGCUCUGGCUGAUAAAGCUACUGAUGCCUUUUACAAGCUUAGUAAUACUCGAUCCCAGAUCCAAGCCUAUGUGUUUGAUGUAAUCAGGGCGAGUGUUCCAAAGCUAAAUCUGGAUGAUGUCUUUGAGCAGAAGAAUCAAAUUGCUAAAGCAGUGGAGGAUGAACUUGAAAAGGCAAUGUCUGCUUACGGGUAUGAGAUUGUUCAGACACUCAUAGUUGAUAUAGAGCCGGAUGAACACGUUAAGCGAGCUAUGAAUGAAAUCAAUGCAGCUGCAAGGUUGAGAGUAGCCGCCAAUGAGAAAGCAGAAGCUGAAAAAAUUGUCCAGAUUAAACGAGCUGAAGGUGAUGCUGAGGCAAAGUACCUGGCAGGACUAGGGGUUGCUAGACAACGCCAGGCCAUUGUUGAUGGUUUAAGGGACAGUGUUCUUGGAUUUUCGGUUAAUGUACCUGGAACUACUGCCAAGGACGUCUUGGACAUGGUCCUCAUAACUCAGUAUUUUGACACCAUGAAGGAAAUUGGUGCCAGCUCCAAAUCAUCAGCAGUCUUUAUCCCACAUGGACCUGGUGCUGUGAGUGACAUUGCAGGGCAGAUUCGACAAGGAUUACUCCAGGGUUCAGCUGUCGAGCAACAAAAUCUUUUAUAAAUGUGUUUCACAGUGUCUCGUGUGGUUCUGUUUUGCAAGUAAUAUUUCUUGAUUUGAUUAUGAUGGCCACUAUUGUUCUUUACAUAUAUGU